AUGCCCCGCAAACGCAAAGUAUCACUCUCAAUCUCUGAGCCCUCAACAUCAUCACAUAAAGUACCAACCUCGACCACAACAACGACAAAACCAAGCCCCUUCAAAUCCUACCCCGCCUCAAAAGUCUACCGUCUAGUCGAGCCAGGCCCAAUCCUCCUCGUCUCAACUGGCUCCCUGACACAGAAAACCCACAACCUCAUGACACUAGGCUUCCACAUGAUGCUGCAGCACGACACACCCGCCUUGAUAAACAUCUGCCUCGGACCUUGGGAUGCAAGCUUCAAUCUACUUUCCUCAACAGGAUCCUGCGUCCUCGCAAUUCCUGACGUCUCCAUCGCAGAAUCGGUAGUUGACAUUGGGAACUGCUCAGGCGACGAGGUGGACAAGUGGACGAAAUUCGGGUUUGAGGCUAUCCCUGCUGCAAAAGUCGAGGCACCGCUUGUGGGUGGUGAGGGUAUUAUUGUGAAUAUUGAGUGUGUGGUGCAUGAUCGGGGUAUGGUUGAUAAGUAUAAUCUUUGGGUUUUGAGGGCUGUAAAGGCUUGGGUGCGUGAGGGGUUUGGGGAUGAGGCUGAGAAUGGGGUUGGGGAGAGGAUGAAGAUGUUUCAUCAUCGGGGGGAUGGGAGAUUUAGUGUUGAUGGGGAGGUUUUGGAUUUGAGGAGUAGGAUGGUUAAAUGGAGGGAGUUUCAGGAUUGA